AUGAUCCCACACACACCAGAUGAAGCCAAUUCGUUUCACCUGAACAGCAGCAGAGAAAAUUCCAGCAUUUCUCUUUUACACACCCCAGAACCUCAGUCGAGAAAUUCUUCUUUGGGGUCCCAACUCAACAUCGAAUCGCAACAGCGGUCGUCUCCCUCGUCUGUUGCUAAGAAAUGGACUGAGAAACUGGUCAAAUUUCAAAAGAACUCCAGUAAAAAGAUACGGUGGUCGCCACCUUCGACUCCAUCGAGUUAUACAAGAAAUCUGCUGUCAACAAGUAAUAGCCCGGAUAUCAAUGGUGCCAAGCAUGAAACUACACCUAAUUCAAUUAAAAGUAGUGAACAUGUAAAAUAUCCGUCGAGGACAACUUCUCUACCAAGACCAGUAUCUUAUCUAUAUCUGAAGGGAAAAAAUACAUCUUCCACACCUGAUGAAAAAAGUGAUACAAAUUUGACUCCCUUAGUAACUGCGAAGUCGACGUCAAGCAAGUUUUCUCCACUCUUCUCAUCUGAAGACUUGAGUACACCGACGCAUCAGCGGCCACGCUAUGAAUGGUCUAACAAAACUAAGAAAUCUUUUAUCAACGAAUGUUGUGCACUAUGCGAUGAGCCAAUUUCAAGUAAAAGCAAUGGCGAGAGAAUAAUUGAGCUCGAAUGCAGACAUAUAUGUCACCAAGAGUGUCUUGCAGUAUCACUGAACGAUAUGAACAACGAAAAAGCGAGUGGAAUGCAGACCCUUUUCCCGAAUUGUCUCAAGUGUUUCCACGAAAAGAAUAUAACCAGACAAUGCAUCCCCAAGAACGAUGACUUUAAAGAUGAGAUUAUCUCCUCACUCUUAAUUAAUAGAGGGGGAAUGGGGGGUAGUUCACCGUCCACUCCAAAUUUCAGCAACUCGCUAGAGUCUCCUCUAACAGCUAGAUUCCCACCUAUAUUAACCCCAGUGCAUCCACUCAACAGCAAUAUGUCAUUACAGAAUACACCAGUUAUGCUUAACGAAACUGAGCCCUUGAGCUUCUUACUCUCGCGACCUCCAGCUGGAAGAAAACCGUUUGCAGAAUCGAGAAUGAGCUCCCGUGAUACACUUCGCGGCCUUUCUAUCGCGAAAAGAGUUUCAAACAACCAUUUCGUGGAGCUUAAAAGGAAGUCCGUUGUCUUACCAUUAUCUUACUCCAAUGAUCUAAGGUCAAUUGCUACACAAGACUCAGAUAUAGUGUCCACGGAUGUCAGGUCUAAUGAAUCUGGACAUAUAACUCUGCUACCAAUCUUGAGAUCUUAUUUCACUGAACUUUUGCUUGAUAAUUUCAAAGAACAGUUAGUCGAUUGGAAAUUAGACGAUGAAUUUGGACCGCUAAGAGUUGUAGACAACCUGAUGUUCUCCUUUGGAAAUGAAAGUUACGAAAAAUGCUGGUGUUAUUUAUUUCAGAAUGCACUGGUAGUCGCCACAAUUGAUGAAAAUGAAAACUCUAAAGAAGGCCAAAACUUUGAGAAGAAUGAAAGCCUCGGCUUCGAUACAAAAUUUACUACCAUGCAUAAAUUCAAACUAUCAAGCGAAAGCAUAAAUGUUGGUACAAUCAGCUCUUCUGUAUUGAAAUGUGAGCUUUUAGAAGCAGAAACGAAAAUACCCCAAGCCAUUCAUCUCACAGAAGCCCUAAACAGCAACAAUAGCACGAUCAUUCAAAAAUGGAUUUCUGCUUUGCUUGACCAAGAUAUAUUGUUUAAUGAGCAGAAUAUAACAUCAACACUGCCAUUACCACCCAUUUUAAAAAACAUCAACUCAAAUGACAAUGGUACCGACACAUUUACCGGUUUUGUAAAUCCUAAUAGGGCUAUUGAGUUAUGUGGAUACAAGGGGAGCACUGGCAGCGUUAUACUGAGGAGGGGUUUUAAUAUCCCGAAAUCCGCUAGUGGUCAGUCCACAAUUGGAACAAUCCAAACGAUGAUGACCACCGCGAGCUCGAUUCUUUCCUUAAAACGCGAGAGAGCUGAUGAAUUAAUUUUGGUCAUUCAAUUGGAUUUUGACAAGUUGAAGGAAAAAAGUGGGGGAAUUGGCGGAGUUAGUGAUUAUACAACCAUUUUCAAUACAUUUAAAGCAUUGUCUCUGAAAUAUGCCCGAUUACCGUUUUGUGUGCUAAACUCUGCUGGAUAUAUCCUCAAGAUUGGGCAAGUUAAGCAAGAAUUUUCAAAUUUGAAGUGUGUGGAAGAAUGGAUAGAUUUGAAGCCUACAUCGAAGUUUGACCCAAAAGAACUAAAAAACAUCCUACAUCCUGAAGGUAUCCAAAAGCAUAUUCAAUUAGUUAUCGUAUCGAAUAGCAGUAUGGAGGAAGGGAUGUCUUCUCUAUUGAUGGACUACAGAUCGUUCUCGGCGCCGAAAAGGAGACAUGCAGAUGAGAUUAAAAUUAAGGUUGGGUACUUAAAUGUUGACUACAGCGAUAAGAUAGAUGAAUUGUUGGAGAUUAAUUCUUGGGAGUUUAUGUUAGAAGCACUGUGUUACAAUUUCAGCUUAAACUUUGACGAGGAUGACGAUGGCGUUGAUACACUUGCAGAUGAUGCAAAGAGUGAAGAAAUACUUGACUUUCGGAUAAGCUCACAGCAUUUUGAAAACCCCAAUCCUUCAGCUUCUGAGCUUCCACUGACUGAAAAUUUAACAGAGGAGUUUGAACUUUCAGUAGGACCAUCCAGAAAUGAUGAAUACUUGACUACUUUGCCACUUGACAUCGGUCUUGAAAACAAGCAACUGGAAGUUGAUAAGUUACUGCCUAUCAACGAUAGUAUACAAUCUGCGACCAAAAAAUUAAAUAGACUAAGCGUGGUUCCUCAAACCAACCAUGCAUAUAACUACUUAUAG